UUUUAAACGCCGCGUCCUCCCGCAGCGUACACCGCGGCUCAGCCCACUCCUCUCCGACCUCGCUCGCAACAGCUUCCACUCUCCCCUCCAGCGGCCGCGCUCGUAAUCGUAGCUCGCGGGAGAUCGAUCAGCCAUGAGCCAAGGAGGAGGAGCGGCGGCCGGCAACGGCGUCAGCCCCGGCAACGUGCCGGUGUGCUACUACGGCCAAGCGGGGCGCGUGCCGGCGGCGCUGGAGCGGCGGGUGCGCGCCGCGGAGCUGUUCCUGCGGUGCGCGGCGUGCGGGCUCGCGGUGCUCGCCGCGGCGCUGCUGGGCGCCGACCGCCAGACACGCGUCUUCUUCUCCGUCGAGAAGGAGGCCCGGUACACCGACAUGCAGUCCCUCGCAUUUUUGGUGAUAGCAAAUGGGAUGGCGGCGUGUUAUAGCCUGCUCCAGGGGGCGAGGUGCUUGGUGAGCAUCCUGACAGGUGGCGUCCUCAUCAGCAGGCCCAUGGCAUGGGCUAUCUUCUCUUGCGAUCAGGUGAUGGCGUAUUUCACGAUCUCGGCGGUGGCGGUGGCGAUGGAGGCGGCGAUGAUCGGCAAGUACGGCAACACGCAGUUCCAGUGGAUGAAGACGUGCCACCUCUACAAGCGGUUCUGCGCGCAGGCGGGGGGCGCCGUGGCCUGCGCCGUCGCGGCAAGCCUCAACAUGGUCGGCAUCUCGCUCGUCUCCGCGUUCAACCUCUUCCGGUUGUACGGCAGCGGCAAGGGGAGGAAGUGAUGAUCGGCCGGCGACCCGGCGCUCGAUCAGCCUCUUCAGUUCAGUCUAGGAACACAGGCCGGAGUGCAUGCCUCCGGCCUCUUUCUAGGUUUUAACCCCCAGUCUGGAACCACAGCGCCAUGGAUGAUGGUCUUCUUCUCCGGUUUGAGCUUUUUUCCUUCUCUUUUUCUGGUGUUGGGAUGCUGCUACCUGUCUGUCGUCGUCUGUCAGCGCAGCGUAGCCAUAAAAAGUCUCUGGGACCUGUAUGUAAAUGAUGUGAAGUGAUCCGAGGUGUUUGUGUACGUAGUAGUAUGGCAAUAAACGUGCGGGAAAGCGAUGUAUCGACGACCGCUGUCGCCGCUGCAGGACGGCAGGGCUACCGAAUUUACUCCCUUGGUUACUACUGUA